GCAGAAAAGCUCUCAGACACAGACUGCAUUCUCCGGCCAUAGAACGAUCAUCCCGCUUUCAGGCUCCCGAACAUCGCUGCUAGAUAACCUGAGGCACCGUCCGCUCAUCGUCGGGCGCACUUCUGGUCACAAGAUCGCCCGCUCGUGGCUCGUCCGCUAUCUCCCCACGUCUGCUAGACCCCUCACAACCGCAGGCAACUCCCCCGAAGACCGCAACACCCCCAAAGGACACACCGAAGCCCUUGUCUUCUCUGGAUCAACUCCCUGAGCCGUCACGAUGUCUGGCUGGGGUUUCGCCAACCUGUUCGGCGGCGGCGCGGCCACCAAGAAGGAUGCACCAAAGAACGCGAUCCUGAGGCUGAGGAGUACGCUGGAGAUGCUGUCGAAGAGAGAGAAGCAUCUGGAGAAUCAGAUGGCGGAGCAAGAUGCGAUAGCGAGGAAGAACGUGAGCGCAAAUAAAGGAGUCGCGAAAGCCGCCCUCCGACGAAAGAAGGCUUUUGAACACCAACUCGAACAGACGUCCGCGCAAAUGAUGACCGUUGAGCGCGAAAUCUCCUCAAUUGAGACGGCCAACAUCAACAAGGAGACGCUCGACGCGAUGAAGGGGGCGCAGGUCGCGAUGAAGGGCAUUCAUGCGGGUCUCACGAUCGACAAGGUUGAUCAGACGAUGGAGGAUCUACGGGAACAGCACGCUAUUGGCGAGGAGAUUGCAGAUGCUUUGACACAGGGCAACACGAUGCAAGGUGUAGAUGAAGACGAGCUGGAGGAUGAGUUGGCGGAGCUGCAACAGGAGGAGCUGGACAACAAGAUGCUGAAGACAGGCACAGUGCCGGUCAGCGAUCAAGGGCUGAGAUUACCGAGUCAACCGGUUGGAGAGCUGCAAGGCAGACAGCAAGUGGAGGACGACGAGGAAGAGGAGCUACGGAAGCUCCAGGCCGAGAUGGCCAUGUGAGGUUGCAUUGCAUCGAAGUAAGCUUUAUAUCCGAGUGAGUGAGCGGCGUUCUGUGGAGGCUACAGAUUCCAAUUCAUUUGAUUAUAUUUUG